GGGCCCGCGGCUGGAGCAGACGGAGGAGGUGGCGCUCCGCCGCCGGCCGCAGCCCCGCCGCCAGCCGCAGCUCCUGCGGCGCCUCCAGCCGCAGCUCCGCCCCCAGCGCCUGGCAGGCGCGGCCGCGGCCGCGGGCGAGGGCGAGGGCGCGGCAGGGGCGCCGCUCCAGCAGCCGUUCCAGCAGGGGCUGGCCGCGGCCGCGGGCGGCGCCUCAGCGCGACCCACAAGGGGCGCCACGUUCGCCAGGGAGGUGGCGACCGCGUGCUUCGGGUGCGCCGCAGUGGACGCCAAGGACGUGGGUGACUCUCGACGCCACCUCUCUUGCAACGGCGCCAGGUGGCGCAUGAGAGUUUUCCAGGAUGCGCUGCUCAGAACAUCAGAGAUCGAAGCAGCGGGUUUGAAGAUCGUCGUGGACACCCGCAAGUUGGACAAGAGGGAUUCGUUCCGAUGUACAGUUUCUCACGUGCAGUCUCAGGCGGCAGGCCUUCGGGACUUCCUGCUGGCGACCCCGUCUGACCAGAGCGGCCUCCUCAUCACGGCCGCGAUGGAUGACGCCGAGAUGUGGGUCAG